ACUUGCGUUCAGCGUGCAAACUCCUACACAUUGCCACCAUGAAGCUUUCCGUUGUUGCUUGUGCCCUCCUUGCCUCUUCUGCAGCUGCGUUUGCUCCUGCGGCUAGCCAGCGUUCCAGCACCUCCUUGAACAUGGACCGGCGUGCUGCGUUCGGUGCGAUUGUCGCCGGAGCAGCGGUUGUUGCCACCGCACCCAACGCUGCUUUUGCGGACGGAGCCGUUUCUGGAGCCACCGUCCAAAAAGCUCGUACGGUAUACGGUGGACGUAUCGCGGAGUUGAAGGAGGCCGUUAAUAAGGGAGACUUUGGCGCUGUUGCGAACGAAAAGAGCGCCUUUGUUCUUUUUAACUCUGGCGCCUACCCCACAUCCAAGUCGAAGGAAGAGAAGAAAGCCGCCAUUUCGUCCACUAACAAGAUCUUUGCUGCUGUCAAGGCUGGCGACAAGGCUGCCUUGAAGUCGGCCUACGAUGAAUAUGUCAAGACCAACGACAUCAAGCCUUUCCCAAAGGUUGACCCCAAGAAUGGCCAGGGGUACUCGAGUGACUACGAUUACCGAGUCCGUACUCCGGCUGCCGCUAUUUACGUCCGUUAGAAAGAAAUAAUCAGGAUCAAAAUUUGGUUCGGAUUGCCUUCCUCUGACAAAAAUACUUUUUAGCGAUACCGCUUGGAUCGCGUGUCCUUGGUACUGGAGUCUUUCGUUUUCGUUUCGAAGCAACUAGUAGAAUAAUGCCAACAUAGAAGCUAGUUACGACGACGA